AUGUUUUUGGGGGAUGUCUUGGGGCCGUUUCAGUUCAAAGUCGAUACCAUAGAUGACAACAUGGAGGGGACAAUGAUCAUCUUACACCCUGCACAUGCCGCAGUUUCCCACAGAGGAGCCCUUGCGUCUGCGCCUUUGCGUGCAAUGAGGGAAGUGGAGCUUCCCAGCGUUUUUUCACGGGCCGUGACGGCACCGAUGGCACUUGGAGCAGUUGCCCUGAGUCGAAGUGCUGGAGCCCGACGGAUGCGACGAAAUCGACGGCCAGAGGUGGUCAAGAGCUUUCCGCGCCGAGCGGCUCGAGCGCACGCAACAUGCGCAUGUCGGGCGAGUGGAGCAGAAUGGGUAGCUGGAGAGCAAGAUGAUCGCGAAUUCCAAUCUGAAGAGGAGUAUUUGAAAUCCUUGGAGUUACAAGGUGCGCUACCUGGUGGAUUUCGCUUGGCUUCCAGCAGUCUGAAAUUUGUCCCACAGGAGGCACAGGAAAUGGGGGAACUACCCAUGAAGCUCACCGUGAUCUGUUUGGAGGACCCAACGGACCAGGUGGCAGCCACGUUCACCCAAAAUGCCUUCCCCGGCGCUCCGGUGAAACUGGGCCGUCAGCGGCUGCGCGAGAAACAGAAGAUCCAGGCCCUAGUGGUGAACAACAAGAUUAGCAACGUUUCGCCCCCCGAUGCCGAUGGCGGAAUCAUGGCCUCGCAGAGGAUUUGUGACGAAUUGGCCAAGAAUCUGCAGUUGCCCAGUGGCAAUUGCGUGUUGCCCAGUUCCACUGGUGUCAUUGGUUGGCGCUUGCCCGUUGAUGAGAUGGUGGCGGCUCUCCCAGCACUGGAGGAUUUGUCCAGUUCGCCCGCAUUAGAAGCGGCCAAAGGCAUCAUGACCACGGAUCGAUAUCCCAAAUUAGCUGCCAGGGAGUUAGCCAAUGGUGCACGACUGGUGGGCAUAGCCAAAGGAGCUGGGAUGAUCGAACCCAAUAUGGCCACCAUGCUGUGUUUCUUAAUGACCGAUGCCAAGCUUUCGCCAGAUGAGAUGCAACAAUUCUUGUCGGAGGCGGUUUCGGAGAGUUUCAAUGCCAUUUCUGUGGAUGGUGACGAAUCUACCAGUGAUACCACCGUCCUCAUCUCCAGCGGCCACAUCGAUGGCGUUCCUCCGAGCGUUUUUCGCCAAGCGCUGCGUGAGCUCUGUCGGGACCUCGCGGCUCAGGUAGUGCGCAACGGCGAGGGCACGCAGCACGUGAUCCGCGUCACGGUGAAGGGUGCGGAAGACCAGGAGAUGGCCAAGAAGGUGGGCAAAGCGGUAGUGAACGGACCCCUCUUCAAAUCUGCCGUGGCCGGAAACGACCCGAAUGUUGGACGUUUGAUCGGCAAGGUUGGUCAGACACUGGGCGCGUCUGGCGCGGUAAUGGCGGAGGGUUGCGUCUGCAAAAUAGGUGGUGAAACCAUCUUUGAGGAUGGUCAAUUCCGCUUGGACACCGAGAAAGAACGACGGCUCAGUGGACAUCUGAAGUUCGCCGCAGCCAACUGUGACCUCCCAUACCCUGAACAUCGACGAGUGGUAGAUGUGGAAGUGAUUCUGGGCGGAGGAGGUUCCGGCACCGCUGUGGUAUUAGGAUCCGACCUCACCACGGAAUAUGUCAAGAUCAAUGCAGACUACCGCUCCUAG